AUGGACCCAAACUUGGGAUUUCUUCCUUGCACGACAGAUGGGGAGAUCAAUGAUGGCGCUUUUGGAUUGACGCGACCGAUUUAUCCCGACCAGGACCCCAAUCCAGUGGAAUCCAGGCCCAGAGUCGCCAAAGCCUGUGAGACGUGUCGGAGAAGGAAGCGAAAGUGUGAUGGAAGCUCUCCGUGCUCGUCAUGUUUAAAGAACAACAUUGAAUGCGUCUACGUGCUCGAGAGACCCAAGAGGAAGCAGAGAGACUCCGAGCUUGUAUCGAACCUUGAAGAUCAAGUCCUUGCCCUCAAAGAUUACGUACGGAAGCUUGAGGCUACCUGUGGAUAUGCUAAUCUUCCAGACUUUGCAUCGAGCAGUCUAGAAGAUGACGCUGCGCACACCGUGGAUGACUCCCAAAGCUCUGCCAUCGAUGAUGUGAGCUCGAUGAUGUGGCGGAUGAACAUUCAUGGUAGUGGAGAGACAUCCUUUCUUGGUCCAUCUGGUAGCUUCUGCUUCCCUGUUAGUGGCCAUGGCAUUGAGACCGAGGCCAUCAGGCCUGAGUUGGAAACGAAGAGUGUUCAAGCACUACUCGACCUGUUCCGACAGCAAAUCAAUUCGGUCCAUCAUUUCGUACCUCCUCAUGUCAUCGAAACUCUCAAAGAGCCUCAAAAGACCCUUGAUGGUGAACUGCUACAGGUGUCAGUCCUGGCAGCAGCGAGUCUUUUCGUCGAUUCAGGGCAGACGUAUGCUGACCAAGCCGACGCUAUCGUGAUGAGGUGCUGCCGUACAAUUCCCAAUGUUGCGACGGUACAGGCUCUGGCGAUAUUGACUUGGCGCGAGCUGGCACUGGAAAACGAGAACAAUGCAUGGCUGUACAAUUCUAUGGCGGCGAGCCUGAUAGUUCACCUCGGGCUGCACGUGAGUUCUCUCGAGAAUGUCAUGCAGAUACCGAUUGGGCCGCCUUCAGACAUUGACAAGAGCGUACGUGUCCAGACGUUCUGGUCGGUCUUUUUAAUGGACAGAAUUUCCACCUCGAUGCUCGGGCGGAAUUGCAUGAUUCCGUGGCGGAGAGUUCGAGCGACACCGUAUCUCGAAGCAUGCAGCAACCCCACGACAGAGGACACGGUCUUUGACGCUCACUGCCAGAUGUGGUUCAUUCACGACCGAUACAUGGAUAAAAUCUACUCUUUCGAGUUUGCAGAACUUGAACAUUUCGAACGGCAUCAACUUCUCUCGGAAGCCAGAGAUCAUCAUAUGAACUUCUUCCGCCAAAUGGGCCGCGAUCUUGAACUUCGAAGGAACAACAUGAACCCUCAAGUCAUCCUCCUUCAUAUGGUCUACAACAUGUCGUUACUUCUCAUCCAUCGGCCAUAUCUCAGGGAGCCAAAAGAGAGUGCCGCCCACCAACUAUCCAUCAGAACCAACAUGACCUCCGCACACGCCCUUGUCAGAUUAAUCCGACAAUACGACAAAGAGGCCAAGAUGGAGAACGCCCCGUUCUUUGCGAUACACUGUGUCCUUACAGCUGCUGUGAGCCUGCUUCUGAAUGCGACGUCAACCAACUCGACCAUUCGCAGCCAAUCGGUACACCGGUUCCGAGUCUGUGUUGACGCACUGGACAAGAUGAAAAGAUGGACAAGGGCAAGACGAGGGCUGUUGCUUCUCAGAGAGCUGGCCAACCGGUGGAAGGUGGUUUCGGCGUUACCCAUGAGGCACAGUGUUCCUCUCAUAGCACCGACAAAGGAGACCACUCCGCAAGCCGAUACCAAUGAUCUAGAUUGGGGUAUGCUGUUUGCCAAUCUCGAAGAGCCUCUGAAUUUGGAUACCAUUGACCUGUCGACGCCUACGGGAGAAUGGGUGUUUCACGAAAGCGACUAGACGAGCUAAAUAUUCGUCACCAAGAUGACUACACAGUAACCAGCCUGCAUCCACAUCCCCGGUCCUCAUAUUAAACUUCAGACUCAAUAUCGACCCAUCCAGCUUCGAAUCCUCUUUCCGAAUACGUACAGCGGAACAGUUGUCAGGCAGAUGCCCAGAGUCAAACCUCCCCAGGUGCUAAAGAAGACCAUCGGCCCUUUUGUGGCAUAAUAAUUGUUGAG